ACGACAAUAUGGCUGCCUCCAUGCGUGCAUGUUCAGUAUACUUGUUUACGUUUGUGCUCUAACAAAUGUGCAGCUUCUGAUGCACAAAAUUACUUAUCAACCGAACUAAAGGUUCAUAUGCUUCAUAUACAGACAGAGCAUUGUGAAGCUAAGUUUUGACUUUUUGUUUUAUGGAAGCUAAGAUGAACUAGAUGGAAACAUUUUUAGAAUAGUACCGACAGCAACAAAGUAACAACUGAUCUGAAAUGGAAGCUGACAUACCUGGAAAUCUAACUGACAAUCAAACUGAAGCUAGAAAUGAAAAUGAAGAUUCAACAAGUCAGGGAUUUUCUGCAGAUCCUGAAAGAUUACAAGACCAGCCAGAAAUACUUGAUAAACAGCACCUGUCAGGUGAAUUUUUUUCAAACAACCAAGGAAACUAUGCAGUAGGCAGAGGUAACGAGGAAAGUUUUAACAAAGGUGAUCAUAAUUUGGUAGAAGGUGCUAAAGGUCAGAAAGAGGAGGCAAGUGGUGUUACACAUCAGAGGGAGGAAUUAACUAACAAAGCAGAGGAUUUGGAGACAUCUAAGGAACAGAUGUGUGGUGUAGACUUGAUCAGUAAUGAAGGAAAUAAACUCUCAGCAACGGAAUUGGGACAGCAGCAGCUACCGAGUGGACUAAUGAUAAAAAAUAAUUCUGAGGAGAGUUCAGGUGGCAGUAUUCAUACAGUGUUAACAAACUCUACAUUACAAACCUGUUCUUUAAAUUCAACUCCACAAGGAUUGGGUUCUGAGGUAAACGACGAUGGGAUCAAUAUUUUAUCUAGAAAAAAAACAAAUCUUUCAGAAGGUGAUUCCUCCCAACAUGAAAGUACUGACAUGCACAGUAAGGAACCUCCAAGUAAAAGGUUCAGAAGUGAAAAUGCUUGUGUAUCAAACUCAGAAUCUAUGACAGCAAAGAUGUGUUUGACUCUGAUAGAGAAACCAAUGGAACAGAAAUAACUGUUGGAAAUUCUGACAUGGAUACAGGUUGUGUACAGCCUGAAUCGAUAUGUUCCCAGACAGAAGUGCAGCAGACCUCUACAGCUGAUGGUACUGAUGGUGAAGAAAUUAAAAGUGAUGACAAAGUCGACAUGUCAAGUGCCGGUCAGACAGAUGAUGCUUCUUACUACAGCCAGGAGGGUAUGGUGCUCACAGAGAAACCAGAGUAUGUAACCGGGGCCAGUACAGAGUUUAACACUAGAGACGAUCACUUUCUCAAAGGCUGCAAGUGGGCCCCGGAUGGGACGUGUCUCCUUACUAAUAGUAAUGAUAACUGCCUGAGACUGUUCAACCUGCCACAACCUGUGUAUGAGGCACAGUACAGGGAUAUCCCUGAAAUGACAUCAGCCUUGAAGUUAACAGAGACUGAUACGAUCUAUGAUUAUUGCUGGUAUCCCAAAAUGGUGUUUGAUGAUGCAAAUACCCAAUGUCUGGUUUCUACAUCAAAAGAUAGCCCGAUCCAUCUGUGGGAUGCCAACACUGGCCAGAUAAGGUGUACCUACCGCCCUUAUAACCACCUUGAUGAGAUCACAUCUGCCUACAGUCUAGCCUUCAACUGUGAUGGGACCAAACUUUACUGCGGAUUCAACAAGGUGAUCCGGAUAUUUGAUCUGGCAAGACCUGGUCGGGAUUGUGUAUCCAGGCCAACAUACUACAGCACACAACAUUCAAAAACUAAAACGGGUCAACCUGGUAUAAUAUCCUGUAUCGUCCCCAGUCCUCAGGACAACGGAAUGUACGCUGCAGGAUCCUACUCCAGGGCUAUUGCUGUGUACUGUGAACCAAAAGGAGAAAUGGCAUGUAUGUUUGAUGGCCAGCAAGGGGGAGUAACUCAUCUGGCCUUCUCGCCUGACGGAACCAAGCUUUAUAGUGGGGGUCGCAAAGAUCCUGAAAUUAUUUGCUGGGAUUUGCGUUAUCCUGGACAGAUUUUAUUCGUAGCGUUAAGACAAGUGCAGACAAAUCAGAGGAUUUACUUUGAACUGGACAGGAGUGGGCAGUAUCUGUUCUCUGGUAGCCAUGACGGUACAGUGAAUGUUUGGGACACAACUAUCGCUCCAGAGGAGUUGUUCCCUGGACAGGACCCUGUCCUCAAGGUCAUCAAUAAAUUCCAGGCCAACAAGGACACUGUCAAUGGAGUGGGUUUACAUCCAUACUUACCCAUCCUAGCCUCUUCCUCGGGUCAGAGACAUUUCUCCUGUAUGGAUGAUAGUGACAGCUCUGAUGACGAGACGUCUGAUGUCAUUGAAAAUAAUCUCAAAUUAUGGGCAUUUCCUAAACGCUAAAUUUGUUAUAAUGGCAAUUGUCAUACAACAUAGAAGAUAGAUAGUUUACAGAAGAUGUAUGAGGGAUAUUGUUUGCUCAUAAAUGAAGUAUCUGAUGUAUGACUAAAUAUUUCAUGAACUGCAUUGUUGUUUUAAAAAGUCAUUGUUAAAUAAUUAGCAUAUUUUUGAUGUUUAAUCUAUCUGAAACAUCUAGUCUACAUGUCUCAGAAAAACAUUAAAGGUUUCUUAAAAUUCAAAAUUGCUCAAAUAUUACUGAAUAAGGUAUAAUUCAAUGUGGUUUUAAUGUUGAUUCAUAAUUACAGGAAUGAUGAGAACAAAAUGAGAUUAUCUAACUUUAUAACGGUAUCCACGUUCUGUAUUCUCUAAACAACAGCUUUCUUCAUUGAUUUGUGUUAUGUUUCUGUUACAACGAUGCAUUGUUUUAGUUUCU